GGGGUCGAUGCGUUGAUUUGAAAUUUCAGAGAAAUUCCAUGAAGAUCCACCAGGUCGACGCUCAACAUUCCUACGAUGGCCCCUUCAGCUGUCCUGCUGAAUCCACGUGAACGUCAGUCGCUGGCGCAGUGCUUGCUGGUUCUCGUUUGCAGCGUUGUGAUCCCGUAUUGCAUUUUUGUCGCUUGCAUCGACGUUUUGAUCGCAGAAGAAGAUUUGCUUCUGGCUCUGGGCGUCAUUUCCCCCGCAGUCUCGAUGGUAUCCGUCACAGCGCCGUCCUUCGCGGUGUUGCGAAAAUUACGUGCGUUUGUAAACCCGUACAGGCUCUUACUGCAGCACGACGAUGGGGGUUCUUCCGCUUCGGUCGUCGAGCAGGAUGCGGAGCUAAGUUCGCAGUCAGGGAUAGACACAACAGCAGGCUCGUACGGCGGGACUACGACCGUUGGUAGAGGAGGAAUAAAAAAUUCAACUGCCACCUCGUCCUCUGUAGUUCUUCAGAUACGGGGUCCAACGGAAGAAGAAGUUUCAGCUUCCGACGAGUUGAUAUCGGCACAAAGAGGGACCACAACAACAUCAGCUGCGUCAACGCCAACGGCUGCAAAACUGGGGCCAGAUAAUAGCGAUGCAAGUGUAGAACCUGCCACAAUUCUCCCAACCGCGGUGUUCAAAGCGCAAGGCGUCUGCAACGUACUAGGUGUGUGCUACGGGAUCCAGGUGCGGUCGGAGGCGGUGCUGGCCAGCAACCUUGUCGGGUUGCUGUUCCAACUGUUCUUCCUUGCAGUGGCCGAGCACAUGAGCAGCGUCACGCGCGCGAAGUCUGCUGACAACAAUAGCAUUUCCAGCGCCGCCUCAGAAGACGAGCGCGAAGAUGAAGACGUGGAUGACAUGAACGACGACGGGGAACUGGACCCAGGCUUAGAGACUGACACUAUGCAAAGAGACACCUUUCCACAAGACGGCAUCGAAAUGGUGCCAAUCGGGAAGCAGCGACUACCGCUAAAAGGCCGUGGAGAUUCAUACAGUAGUACGUCUGAUAAAGUAGGGACGACAAGCACGAGACAAAAACCUCCUUUUAGCACUGAAGACCAAGUAGAUUUCGACCCUCACCAACCUGCAACGUCGCGGCAAUCUUGGAUGGGGAGCUUCGUCUUUUCCUUCGGUUUCCGGCUUGGUCUGGUCAUUUUUUGCGGCGUACAAGUCCUCAAUCUGUUACUGCUCGGGCUACUCAUUAUCGGAGCGACCGUAGUGCUAGCGAUGGCACCGUUGUUCCAGCUUCCGACGGUGGUUCGCACGAGAAGAACCGACAUGCUGGACCCGUGGAUGUGCGGCAUUUACCUCACCGUGAACGGGGUUUGGUCGCUCUACGGCGUGAUUCUUCAAGACGUCGUGAUUAUUGUGCCCUCCGUCUUGAGUUACGCACUUUGUGUCUUCCAGCUCGUCGUCAUCCUCUGGACGCACCGGUUUUCGCUUCUGGGCAUCGCACAGUGGGACUUGAAAUUCGUCUUGAAAAUUGCGAACUCCUUCUCCGGGGACGGGAACAGCCGAAGAGGGAGCGGCUUGCUCCCUUCGCAUUUCGAAAUGCCGGCGCCGAGCGCCAUCAGGCAGUCCGUGUUGAUGCGGAAACGGACGAACAGGCACGCGUAUCGGCCUUCGCGGAGUACCAGCCGGACGCCAGUGAGGAAUUACAGCGGUGCAAAUACGCCGUUUUGA